AUGAAGGCCACUACCGUUACCGUAUGUGGGUACUUCAAUAACACUGGCAUUCAAACACGAGCUUCGUUCUGAUUAUGGUUGGCUAUGACCCAAAGAGGGAUGUAGAGCUAUCCAAAACAGAACAAGGAGCUGCAGGUGCCCUAAGUGGCAUCUUGACAAGGACAUUGAUACAGCCUUUGGAUGUCCUCAAGAUCAGGUUUCAGCUUCAAAUUGAGCCAAUCAGAAGAGGAUCUCUGCAGUCCAAAUACCAAAGCAUUCUCCAAGCAACUAGAAAGAUCGUGACUGAAGAAGGAGUCAAGGCUUUAUGGAAAGGUCAUAUGCCGGCUCAGGUUCUGUCUGUAACAUAUGGAGGAGUACAGUUUGUGUCCUUUGAGUUUUUCACUAAAGAAGUGUGGAAUGAACUGCCAUCAACACUGACCACUGACUACCGCCCAAUUACUCACUUCAUGUGUGGAGGCCUUGCUGGUUGUAUCUCUACCUUGUUCUGUCAGCCAGCAGAUGUUGUAAGGACACGUUUGAUAGGACAGGGAGAACCAAAGUUUUAUAAGACGUCAUGGCAUGCAUUUUCCACUCUGUAUGCUAAAGAAGGUUUCUUAGCAUUCUAUAAGGGACUUCUGCCAGCAAUUCUCACCGUCUUCCCUCAAGCAGCUCUGCAAUUUGGAUUUUACACAUUCUUUGGUCAGCUGUUGACUUCUAAAAACGCAUCUGAAAUUAGUGCAAUGGAUAGCAUGACUUGUGGUUUCUGUGCAGGAACCUGUUCUAAGGCAGUUGUAUACCCCUUGGAUGUUCUCAAGAAAAGACUGCAGGUCCAGGGUUUUGAAGAAGCAAGAAAAACAUUUGGUGAACAUAGGAUCUAUAAUGGCUUGUGUCAUUGUAUAAAGUUGAUUUGGAAAGAAGAAAAAUUAGGUGGUUUUUACAAGGGAAUCACUCCCAGUUUGUUGAAAGCAGGAUUAAGCACAGGUUUUUCAUUCUUUUUUUAUGAACAGAGUUGUUAUCUCAUGAGAAAGAGAUAUAGAAAUGACCUAGAUAAGUAUAGAUAGUAUUGUCUUAACUCUUUUAAUAUCGUCAGGAACAUUUUUAUCCACUUCUCCAAAUGCUCAAAUGCUUAACAAGAAGAACACUAUUUGUGAAAAUAUGAUGAAAGUGUGUUUUACUCAUAAACCAGAGAAGACUCACUUCUCCAUUCUUUUUAUAUUGGCAAUAUUUGAAGUUUUCAGUAAAUAUUGUUUCCUCAAUGUGUCGGGACAAUUUAUUAAACACAAAUGUCCUCCAGUGCACAGGUAACAUG